AUGCGUCGCGGUCUCUCCGUUGCGCUGUGCACCUCUAUCACACUCGGAUGCACAACGUCCGUACACCACGGCUGUUGUAUCCACCGCCUGUGCGAAGCGCCCGUAGGCCCGUCGAGCACAAAUACCAACUUGGCAGUCGCGCCAGCUGUCGGUGGCGCCGCGCCGCGCUCGACAUCCACGGCAUGCUCUUCACCGCUCUUCUGGUUUGAACUGGAUCGGCUUCCACCGCAACUGCAACGCGAGUUCGACGUCGACGCGAACCAACGCGCUCUCCGCCAUCUGUGGCGCCCCACACGCGCGGGCACCGACACUGAUGGCGCCUCAGCAGCCCCGUUCAACCUGCCCGUGACGCCAUCCAGUGUUCACCCGGUCGUCUGGCGCUGCACCCACUGCCAGUCGCAGUGGUCCGCCCGACCCUCGGACCGCACAAACCCCCAACUCGCUGAUGCGCACCGAUGUCCGCGUUGCUACGGCGGCCAACGUUUACCCUCUGGAUCGCUCGACACCCCAGCCGCGCCAGAUGCUGGAGCACAGCCGGGACCGUCCUCUCGGCCGUCCACCGCUGCCACCGGCGUCGGCUUCUUGUGUGACGCCUACCCUUUACUCGCUGCGCAGUGGGACCCGCUGCGCAACCAACUCCUGCAGAAUCAGGUGCUCCAGUCUGUGACGGAGGUGCACACGUCUUCAGCCUCCAAGGUGUGGUGGCGCUGCCCGCUUUGCUCGUCCUCAUGGCUGGAAUCUGUAUCGAGUCGGGUGUCGCGAUACAGUCUCGCCGUGCAGUGUCACUCUACGCACUCGAAGCCAAGCCUUUCAAGCACGGGCACCACCCCUGGUAACGACCCUGACAGGCCCACUGGCGAGCUCGUGCUUCUCUGUCCGUCGUGUGAGCGUCGCGGCGCGAGUUCCAGUAGCGCCAUGAACCCCGCCAGCCCGCGACGCUGGCUGGCUGAUGACGCUCUGCUCCUCGGCGAAGCGCUCCUGCGUCCACAUCAAGACCCGCAGCGAGUCUCGCUGACAAGCGAAACAAUGCUCCAGUGGCGGUGCCGCAGCUGCCAGUUCGAGUACGCCGCCACGGUAGCGAACCGUUUUCUUCGUCAUGAGCGGUGCCCGCAGUGCUCUGGGAGGACGAAGUCCGUGCACAACCUGCUGGUGGUGCAGCGGCCGGAUGUGGUGAGGGAGGUGAGCAAGCACAUCUCACGUACGCGGCUGCGCUACAUCACCAUCCACGACGACGUCGAGCUCCCCUUUGUGUGUCGCACCUGUUACGCGCCGUACCGCAUGACAGCGCGUGCCCGCUGCGCCGUGCCGCGUGGUGUACCGGCGUGCUCUAAGUGCUUCCUGACGAGCUCACAAGUACUCACCGAGGCCCAGCAACAGCACCAGCACGGAGGCGCCAAGGCGCUCUCGGCCCGCGCGCGGCGACGAGUGCGCCAGAGGGCACUGCAACUCAGCCGCAGUCACCGCCAUCGGGAGCGGCUCGCUGCCACGGUGAAUGAGCUCAGCCACCACGACAACGCCUUGAAGGACUGA